AUGGAAAAUUUGAUAAGAUACAACAAUGACGAAGAUACAGAUGAUACCUCUGGUAACAACAACAAUCAUGUUCCGAGGGAUAAACUCACUCCCAACGAAACCCUAACGCCUAUUUCUGAAGCCAUCGUUACCGAAAACAACAUAAAUUCUUCCCCGAAUCAAGAAGUCAAAGAAAAACCCGAAAUAAGCGUGUAUGUCGAAUUAAAUAUAGAUGAAAACCUAACUCAAUAUCAACAAUUGUCCUCUGAAAAAGUUACGACUACUCUAUCAGAUGACGAAGAUGAUGAUAACCCUAGGAAAAAGAGAAGAUCUCUUACUUCAUUCACAGAUAAUGAUCAAUUAGAAGAAGAAGAAGAAUCAAAGAAAUCGGAACAAACUCAUGUUCCAUCGUUAACAGCACCAACAGUGAAGAAAGCUAAGAAGAAAACAAGCAAAGCUAAUAGUGUUUGGACAAAACCAACAUCCAGAAAGGGUAAAAAGAAGAAUAAUAAUCGUAAUGUGGUUUCUGCAGCUGAAGAUACUGUUUUGAUUACUCCGUUUUCUCGAUUUCCUGAUAAGACUGAUGAUUCAGUAGACAUGAAGAUAUGUCUAUCUAAGGUGUACAAAGAUGAGAAAAUUGAAUUAAGCGAAGAUAGACUAUCAGCUGGAAGUACUAAAGGGUAUAGAAUGGUUAGGGCAACAAGAGGGGUCGUUGAAGGAGCUUGGUAUUUUGAAAUUAGGGUUACGAAAAUUGGGGAGACUGGACAUACUAGGUUAGGUUGGUCUAGUGAUAAAGGAGAUAUACAUGCACCUGUUGGGUACGAUGAAUAUAGUUUCGGGUAUAGAGACGUGGAUGGAAGUAAAAUUCACAAAGCUCUUAGGGAGAAAUACGGGGAAGAAGGUUAUGUCGAAGGUGAUGUCAUUGGUUGUUAUAUCAAUCUGCCUCAGGGAGGUUUAUAUGCUCCAAAACCAGUGCAUUUGUUUUGGUAUAAAGGCCAGAAAUAUUCUUCAACACUGGAGGAAAAGGAUAAGGAAGAGGCGGCCAAAGUGGUACCUGGAAGUGAGAUAUGUUUCUUCAAGAAUGGAAUAUUGCAAGGUGUCGCUUUCAAGGAUCUGUCUGGGGGUCGCUACUACCCUGCUGCUUCUAUGUAUACGCUCCCUAACCAACCCAACUGUACCGUCAAGUUCAACUUCGGCCCUGAUUUUGAAUUCUUCCCCCAAGAAUUUGAAGAUCGUCCGGUCCCCACUGCGAUGAUUGAAGUUCCUUAUCAGCAAGUUGAUGCUAGAAUAGAAAAUGGUGAAUCAGUUGGGAAGUAA